UUUGGAAAAUGUAUUCGUUGUGAAUACAGAACACACCAUAUAUCGAAUCACCUAAAUUACCGAUUUUGAAUCAAUUGAUGAAAUACGUGACUUUAUCUGGAAAAUAGACAGAUGACGGAAAAAAGAGAUAGAGGAUUUUGCACAGGAUCGUAAAUGUGUUCGGAAAAAUCAUUACGGAUAAGUUAAUUUAAUUAUUAUUUUAUAUCACUUUAUGUUGCAUCUAUCAUGUAUCGGGAUUUUGAAAAUUGCAGAAAUUUAUUCACGAAAGCGCCGAGUGAGCUUACACCACGUAUCCGGUGCAACGUAAAAAAAAACAGUCUAUGGCCAUAUCAAUCGCAGUUGAGGAGAAGAAUUCUUCAGCUGCUCAAUUUUUUCUUACUGAUCUCAUUAUUUCUACCACAGUUGAAAAGACUGUAUCACGUGUUGGGUAAGGAUAUAGACGCUGUAUGUAUGUGUAUACCACCAUUCCUUACCAUCAUAGGGACUAUACUAAGAAACAUGGUCAUUGAUCGAUUUCAAUCAGAGAUUAGGUCGUUGUUAUGUCAGAUUAAAACGGAGUGGGAUGCAACAUCGAGGAGAGAAGAGAAUAAGAUUCUAAAGAAUUAUGCAUCAAAGGCAGGAGAAUUUAGUAUGGUAAUCGCAGCAGUUUAUUUUAACGUCACUAUAUGUUUGACGAUGGCGCCGAUAAUUUCGCCAAUAAUGGAUAUUGUUUUACCUCGUAACGAAACGCGCAUGAGAUAUUUAGGCUUCGAAUUGGAUUAUGGAAUUGAUCAAGAGACUUAUUGGUUUUGGAUCUGGUUGCACAGUAGUACAGCUGGAGGAUUUAUCACAUUAAAUGUGCUUGCUGCGGAUGCAAUGUAUGUUACGUUAAUGUUUCAUGGCUGUUACAUGUUUGCGAUAGUAAGACACAGAUUAGUACAAAUAAACCAUUUGAUAAGAAAAAAUACAGCGCGAGCUUUCAACAAUCAUGAUUAUAACAAAAAGUACACCCAGCGUUGCGAAGAGCGGCAAUUGGAAUUACAAAAGCAAGCUAUUGUUAUAAAACAAUGCGUUCUUAGUCACAAAAAAGCAAUAGAAUGCGCGCAAUUAUUAUGCCACAUUUACACGUGGAAUCUUUUUAUUGUGGCAGGUGUAAUCUUAAUCAUCUUAAGUAUUUCGGCAGUUCAGUUGGUGAGCAAAUUGUUUCAAUGGGCCGAGAUGGCGAUAGUAAUCAUGUACAUAACUGGCGAAUUGAUAAACGUAUUUUUCCUCAGUUUAAUGGCGCAAUAUAUAUUCGACCACAGUCUGGACGUUCACGAAUGGGCGUAUUCAUGUUCUUGGUACAAUAUGCAUGCCAAGAUACAAAAGGAUAUUAUACUGAUUUUAAUGAGGAGCCGUUUACCAUGCAAGAUAAUGGCUGGAAAAAUGUUUGUAAUGUCACUUGAAAACUUUUGUAAGACAGUGCAGACGUCAAUGUCGUAUUUUGCGGUGUUAGUCUCUUUUCGGUAAAUGUCCGUAUAUAUUUUCUGUUAAUACAAUUGAUGUUUUAUUCCUUUGGAAUGAGUAAUAGUAAUAUCUUUGGACAAGUAAUAAUUAUCAAUAAGACAUUUAUCCGAUAUCCAUGUUAAUUGCUUUAUAUACCUAACCUUUGUUUACAAUUUCACGCAACUUGUAUUCGC